AUGGCUGACCCUGGGUUCCAGAAUUAUGUUCGAAAGCUUCUAGAUAACCAUUGUCUCAACCACAUACGUCAAAGUAUUCAAUGCCACAUGGAUCUGACACCGGUCCCUGCGAUGUACUUUGACAGUGUGAAUUCUGAAGUUGGAAAUUUCGAUGUCUUGCAUACCUGCCGUGAUAUUAGCAGGCUACGGGACUGGAUGGCCGAAAAGGCGGCUACUGCUGAGCGAUCUCUAUAUUUCAAUCCAGAACAUGACCUUGGAUAUGUGCACAAUGACGACUACAGAAAGUCAUGGGAUAGCAGGAUAGACGAAUUUAAUUAA